UUUUGUAAUAAAGCUUUAUCAGUUGUAUAAAUAAAAAAGUAACAUUGGUAUGACAUUGUGAGUUUCACAGGUGUGCUUUACCUAGUGCUUACUGAACUCACUAUUUUUCAUUUAUCCAUUGCAGGAUUUGUAAUGAUGCAUAAUAUCAAAAUGCGGAUUUACGGUUUUCUCAUCACAGUUUUCGCAUUUUGAUGAGCGCUAGAACUAUAUAUAAAAGUUGACAGUCACUUUAGCGAACACUGAAGAGGAUGAAGGCAGAAGCCUGCGCACUCACGAAGCAUUAAUUAAAUUAUUUGUCAUUCGCAUGCGUUGUUACUUCUAUUGUUUUCUCCUACCAAAGUUGUGGGCUCGUGUGCCUUAAUUACCUGUGCCUUAAUUAACUUCGUCAUAAUUAACACCAAUAGUUGCGGGCUCUACUCCCACCAAAGGUCGAGGGUUUGAGUGCCUUAAUUGUAUCUUAACUUUGUCUUAAUUAACACCAAAAGUCGUGGGUUCGACUUCCACCAAAGUUCGAGAGUUCGAGUGCCUUAAUUAACUCUGCCGUAAUUAACUUGCCUUAAAUAACUUCGCUCUAAUGAACACCCAAGGUAGUGGGUUCAACUCUACCUUCACCAUGUCAAUUGGAAUCCAACUUGGAGAUAAUUUGGAGAUGUGGCCGGUUCGCCCAUAUCUCCAAGUGGUUUCAACUCCCAACAAAGGCCGCGGGUUAGAGUGCCUCAAUUAACUCUAUCUUAAUGAACUGUGCCUUAAUUCGCUUCGACCUAAUUAACACCAAAGGUCGAAGGUUCAAUCCCCAAUUUUGGUGCCAUUGAAUUUUGGUGCUGCGACGCUGGACAUCGGAUUUUUCGACCAUUGAGCCAUCUAAGGAUUUCACCUUAAGUGUUGCAGUUUAUAUUUUCACAUUCACACGUUUACACGUUAACAAAACAUUUCAAGCAAAGUCACCAGCUACAUGCCGACAAUGUGGGUAACUGUGCCAUUAGUGUGCCUCAGCAGAUGUACCAUCGAGGACAAAUUAAAUGCGAACAGCGGAGCGUGUGGCCGAAGCAUAACUAAAGGUAUACGGUGUAUGUCAUCGGCCAGUCGUGCACGUGCGUGGGGAUGUAGUUCUCAAGGAAGAGUGCAGUGCUGCUCGCCCUAUUGCGAUAAAUGUCACCCGUAUUUUGUCCGAAAGUUGUUUUCUCAUCUCUCCUCGGGCAGUGCCAUACCCACCUGGCAGUACACUGUUAUGGUGACUAGCACCAUCGCUACAUCUGUAGCGUGAUAUAGCUGGCAUGCACCCAGCUUGCUAACGUGCAUUGCUUUGCUUUUGUUACCACCAUCAAGGCUGCCAGUGUCUAAUCGUAAUUUGAAUAGCACGAAAAAUGCAUUGGAUGCGCAACAACAGUGCUAGCCACCUUAAAAGUAAUCACAGAUAGGAAUGGCACUGCAAUGGCGGGGUGAGAAUACAAGUUUCCAACAAAAUACAGGUGACGUAAUACGCACUAGGACAAGCAGCCCCGCACUCUGCAUCGAAACCACAUGCAUGUGUACAAUCAUCGCUGGCCGACGCCACACAUUGUGCUUUUAGUUACGUUUUGGCCACACACUCUGCUGUUCGUAUUUCAUUUGUAUUCAAUAGUACAUCUACUGUGGCACUCGCAGGUAUACAGCUCAUUAUAGCGUCAGCAGGAAAGAUCCACUAGAUGUUCUAUGGACGUCCUGCGUCCCAAAAAAGAACACCUAUUCGAGGUUACUUAUGUCCAGCUGCGACAUCCUUUCAACGUUAGAGCAACGUGAUCUGGAUGGGACUUAGAUUAUCCAUGGUACGUACUUGUAACGUUGUUUGGAGAAAUAUAGAUAUCUAUAGGACGUGUGCAAUGUCUCAAACAUGACGUUCUAUGGACAUCUAUGGUACAUUAAUGGUUCACUGGGUACAAACGUUGUCAUUGUCAGGAAUUGGAGCUGUUGGAGCAAUCUGCACAAAGGAAGCUGCAGGAGUGGGCGAAGACAUCCCUACUUCUUACUCGGGAGCUCAAGUAAUGGCUCACGAACUUGCCCAUAUAUUAGGGUCACCACAUGACGAGACGCCUAGGUGCCCUUGGUCUGAAGGAUAUCUCAUGAGCUACGAAGACGGGGGUACAAAAAAAUACCGGCUUUCUCAGUGCAGUCAGGAGAAGAUUCGUGACAGAGUGGGAACUCUUCCGCGAGCGUGUAUAAACCUUCGGACCCACAAGAACUACAUGCAAGGACGAAACAAAUUUCCUGGUAAAACACUGCGCCAGGCGUAUUACUGCAAGAAGAUGAUGAAGGACGACCCACAGGGGAGGAAAGUCUAUGUAAAAAAGACUGAAGCCCUCACCCAAAAGUGUAAAAUGCAGUGUUGCUUCGACGUACCCGAGGGCUCCUGGUGCAGGGUUGUACGUAUACUGGAAGGCAUGGAAUGUAAAGAGGGAAAUACUUGCCGAAAAGGAGUUUGUGGAAAGCACAAUUGGCAAUAGGAUUAUGUCCAGAGACAUCAUUUGUUUGCUCUUCCCUGCCCCGAGAACACUAAAAU